AUGAAGCGCAUGUAGGAAAGUGCAAUUCUUGUUGUUGGCCGCCGGCUCGUCAAUGAUCUCCGUGUACUAGUCGAUCGGUUGACCGGACAGCCUUGAAGGCAGUCCAUUGAGGAGAUUCCCCCGGUGCGGUCGUGUCGUACUCUCUCGCCGUUUUCGUUGUCCAAAGUCCUGUGUCACAGCCACAGUUAAGAUGCCCGUCGAUAUCAAGCGUGUUCUGGUGUGCGAUGCGGUCGAUAAUGCGUGUGUUAAGCUGCUGCAGGACCACAACAUUCAGGUCGACUACAAACUGAAGCUGGCGAAAGAUGAGCUGAUCAAGGAGGUGAAGAACUAUGACGCGCUCAUCGUGCGCUCGGACACGAAAAUUACCGCCGAGGUACUGGAGGCGGGCGCAGGGCGCGUGAAAGUGGUCGGAAGGGCCGGAGCCGGCGUGGACAACAUUAACAUUGAGGCCGCCACGAAGAACAACGUGCUGGUGCUCAACACUCCCGGUGGCAACUCGAUUUCGGCCUGCGAGCUUACGUGCUUCCUGAUCGGUGCGCUGGCCCGCCCCAUCUGCCCCGCCGCCACCAGCAUGAAGGAGGGUCGCUGGGACCGCAAGCUCUACUCCGGCACGGAACUGUACGGCAAAACGCUCGCCAUCCUUGGACUCGGCCGUAUCGGGCGCGAAGUGGCCGUCCGAAUGAACGCGUUCGGUAUGCGCGUGAUCGGCUACGAUCCGAUCACGACCCACGAGGAAGCGAAGGCGGCCGGCAUCGAGAAGCUGGAGCUGGAGCAAAUCUGGCCCCAAGCGGACUACAUCACCGUGCACACACCGUUGAUACCGGCGACCAAAAAUCUGAUCUCAACCGGAACGCUUGCCAAAUGCCCGAAGGGUGUCCGGGUAGUCAAUGUGGCCCGUGGCGGUAUUGUGGACGAGGCCGCACUGCUGACGUCGCUGGAGAGUGGCCACUGCGGAGGUGCCGCGGUUGACGUGUACCCGGAGGAGCCACCGAAAUCGGACACCACCAAGAAGCUCAUCAAUCACCCGAAAGUGGUCGCCACUCCACACCUGGGUGCCAGCACGGGCGAGGCGCAGGUGCGCGUUGCCGUCGAGGUGGCGGAACAAUUCAUUGCGCUGACGGGCAAAUCGACCGUCUACACCCAGUACGCCGGUGUGGUUAAUCGGGAGGUUUUGAAGAAUGUCUUUUAAAUUAAAUUCGCUCACCCACCCUGGGAGCCCCGCGCUGCUACUGGGCUGCCACUGGGCUGCCACCUGACCCCGCCACACCGCCCCGAUGCUGCUGGCGGCACCUAUUUUUAGGGCAAUUUUCCCCAUUUUUUCGAGCGCUGUCGGAGCCGAACGGCACGGCGCAAUUGUCGACGGCUUUGGGAAAUCAAUCAUCGAGGAAAGACCGGCCGGCUCGGCGUGUCUGCUUACGCGCCAUCCGCUCCAGCAUGUGGUGACGUCAUCUCCGGAUCAUCAGCGGCCAGCUAGCUAACCCAACCAAGCGGCGGCGCCCUAAUGAAAUGCCCCGAACGCGUCAGCGAAACGUGAAACCCCAUUUGACAAAUAGCCGAAUAUGAGAUGAGGUGGCAAAUAGCAGUGAAGUGAAGGCAAAUAAAGUCCCCCCCCCCCCCCCGAAAAGGGAUAUCAUCGGAUCA